CGCUUCGUGGCUGCCAACAAAUCAACGAACGGGAAGGGACGGUUUCGGGUGCGUUUGGCUCGUUGGAUAUUUUACUUGCCGACCGAGAGACCAACGCAGCUAAUGUGUUGUUUGUCCAGCUAGCUUAGCUCGACAACACACGACACGAAAACGGUUUAUUUAUCGCUGGAAACCAGAACGAAACGCAACCGCAAUCAGGGAGGAACAGAGUUGCAGCUUACCGGACGACCGUGCGUGCGCGAGUUUUUUUUUUGCAUUGAGUGUGUGUGAAAAAGAAAAACCCACCAAUUCCCAGCGACCUGCACCGCCAUGGGAAUAAAAUUCCUGGAAAUUAUUAAACCGUUCUGCGGCAUACUGCCGGAGAUCGCGAAACCGGAGCGCAAGAUCCAGUUCCGCGAGAAGGUACUAUGGACCGCGAUCACGCUGUUCAUAUUCCUCGUCUGCUGCCAGAUCCCGCUGUUCGGCAUCAUGAGCUCGGACUCGGCCGAUCCGUUCUACUGGAUCCGCGUCAUCCUGGCGUCGAACCGCGGCACGCUGAUGGAGCUCGGCAUCUCGCCCAUCGUCACGUCCGGCCUGAUCAUGCAGCUGCUGGCCGGCGCUAAGAUUAUCGAGGUCGGCGAUACGCCCAAGGACCGGGCGCUGUUCAACGGGGCGCAGAAGCUGUUCGGCAUGGUCAUCACCAUCGGGCAGGCGAUCGUGUACGUCAUGACCGGCAUGUACGGCGAUCCGGCCGAGAUCGGUGCGGGCGUCUGUCUGCUCAUCAUCAUCCAGCUGUUCGUGGCCGGCCUGAUCGUGCUGCUGCUCGACGAGCUGCUCCAGAAGGGCUACGGGCUGGGCAGCGGUAUCUCGCUCUUCAUUGCGACCAACAUUUGCGAAACGAUCGUGUGGAAGGCGUUCUCGCCCGCCACCGUCAAUACGGGCCGCGGUACCGAGUUCGAGGGUGCGGUCAUUGCCCUAUUCCACCUGCUCGCCACCCGCCAGGACAAGGUGCGGGCACUGCGCGAAGCCUUCUACCGCCAGAACCUGCCCAACCUGAUGAACCUGCUCGCGACUGUGCUGGUGUUUGCGGUGGUCAUAUACUUCCAGGGCUUCCGGGUCGACCUACCGAUCAAGUCGGCCCGCUACCGCGGCCAGUACAGCAGCUACCCGAUCAAGCUGUUCUACACGUCCAACAUUCCGAUCAUCCUGCAGUCGGCGCUCGUCUCCAACCUGUACGUUAUCUCGCAGAUGCUGGCAGUUAAGUUCCACGGUAACUUCCUGAUCAAUCUGCUCGGCGUGUGGGCCGACGUGGGCGGCGGCGGCCCGGCCCGCUCGUACCCGAUCGGUGGCCUCUGCUACUACCUGUCGCCGCCCGAGUCGCUCGGGCACAUCGUGGCCGACCCGAUCCACGCCGUGCUGUACAUCGUGUUCAUGCUCGGCUCGUGCGCCUUCUUCUCCAAGACGUGGAUCGACGUGUCCGGCAGCUCGGCCAAGGACGUGGCGAAGCAGCUGAAGGAGCAGCAGAUGGUGAUGCGCGGCCACCGCGAGAACUCGAUGAUCCACGAGCUGAACCGCUACAUCCCGACCGCGGCCGCAUUCGGUGGCCUCUGCAUCGGGGCGCUCUCCGUGCUGGCCGACUUCAUGGGUGCGAUCGGCUCCGGCACCGGUAUCCUGCUGGCCGUCACCAUCAUCUACCAGUACUUCGAGAUCUUCGUCAAGGAGCAGUCCGAGAUGGGCGGCAUGGGCACGUUACUGUUUUAAGGUGGUGCUUCAAUUCCCCCCACCCCCUUUCCCUCAUCACAUCCAUCCUUCCUCUUCUUCUCCUUUCCUUAUCUGACGUCAUCGUUCCAGUUCCUUCCACACUCGAUUCUUCUGUUGCAAAACAUGAGUUUUUGUUUAGUUUGUUUCCGUUUUACUUGUCCCAUCUUCCUAUCAUUCCCUUGCUUUCCCCUUCUCGCCCCACCCACUUUGUUUUCGCGGGACAUAAAAAGAAAAAUUAAUUUAAGCUCAUAAUUCUCCUUUAGCGUUUUAGCGUUUAAGAGAGGCGUUUAACACUAUUACUACUCUACAUUCGAAGGGAUAGUAAGCAGAGAGCAGCGACUGAGAGGUGUAAUAAUUGAUAAAUGAGAUAAUAAGAACAGAGACACGUUGUGUUGUGUGUGUGUGCGUGAGUGUAUGUGUGUGAAUAGUAAAGAAUUGUUUUGUUACUUUGUUUUUUCACUACACUUCCUCUACACUUUCCGAUGGUGAUGAGAAAAUGCAAAUGGAAAAGCAGAGAUCAGCGCAAAUCGAUAUACCUGAAGAAGUAAAUAAAACCAUCAAUUCACACAAUAAUAA